UUUUCCUGUACGCCCUCGAAGCUUCGACUGCUUGCCCAUGACCUAAGCCGCUGCCGCCUACACCCUCACAUCCCGCGCCCUCCUCUAUCGCGCCGCCACCGACCACCCCCAAAUCCUGCUUCCCCACCGCUCGCUUCCGUUGGGAUCGUCCGUCCUCCCAGACCGCGUGGGCGCUUCUUCUUCGGAAUCUCCGUGGGCCGAGUGGCGCUGGGCUAGGGAUUCGGGCCCAUGGCGUGGCGGCGCGUCCUCACCCAGAUUGCAAGGCAUCGACCAACAAAAGCAAUCUACAAUGAACUAGUUGCUUCCUCCCCUUUGGGCGCUUUUCAAAGUGACAUCACUGCAGGUGCCAGAAUUAAAAAUUUGCAAGAGAGGAACCAGUCAAGUUACAUCGGUAGCCUUGCACGCCGGGUGCGAGACCUAGAAUCACCAAGCCAAACCUCUCUUCUUAAAGAGAUUUACAGAAGUGACCCGGAGCGUGUCAUACAAAUAUUUGAAAGCCAUCCUUCAUUACAUUCUAAUCCCGCAGCACUUUCGGAGUAUGUAAAAGCUCUUGUAAGGGUUGAUAGGCUGGACGAGAGUGCCUUGCUUAAAACACUGCAGAGAGGUGUUGUUUCCUUGACAAGGGGGGAAGAAAGCUUUAGUAGCAUUCCAGCUUUAAUUGGUGCUGGUCAACUGACAAAGGAUGGAGCUCUUGGCACUGCAAAUGCACCUAUUCACAUGGUCACAGCAGAGACAGGUCAAUUUAAGGAUCAGCUUUGGCGUACCUUCCGAAGCAUUGCACUAACUUUCCUUCUUAUUUCGGGCAUCGGUGCUCUCAUCGAGGAUAGAGGAAUCAGCAAAGGUCUUGGUCUGAAUGAAGAGGUUCAACCAAGCAUAGAGUCUACUACAAAAUUCAGUGAUGUAAAGGGUGUUGAUGAAGCAAAAUCUGAACUUGAAGAAAUAGUUCAUUAUCUUCGAGAUCCCAAGCGCUUCACACGUCUUGGUGGAAAACUUCCGAAAGGAGUCUUGCUUGUUGGUCCUCCUGGCACUGGGAAAACCAUGCUAGCUAGGGCUAUUGCUGGUGAAGCUGGUGUUCCUUUCUUCUCUUGCAGUGGAAGCGAGUUUGAGGAAAUGUUUGUGGGUGUUGGAGCUCGGAGAGUGCGAGACCUUUUUGCUGCAGCAAAAAAACGAUCUCCUUGCAUAAUAUUUAUUGAUGAAAUAGAUGCAAUUGGUGGGAGCCGGAAUCCUAAGGAUCAACAGUAUAUGAAGAUGACCUUGAACCAGCUGCUUGUCGAGUUGGAUGGUUUUAAGCAGAACCAGGGGAUAAUUGUCAUUGCUGCAACCAACUUUCCUGAGUCACUAGAUAAAGCCCUAAUCAGACCUGGGCGUUUUGACCGCCAUAUUGUUGUUCCCAACCCAGAUGUUGAAGGUCGACGUCAAAUCCUAGAAUCCCAUAUGUCAAAGAUCUUGAAAGGUGAUGAUGUGGACUUAAUGAUCAUUGCCAGAGGAACACCCGGAUUCUCCGGUGCAGACCUUGCUAACUUGGUAAAUGUUGCUGCACUUAAGGCUGCCAUGGAUGGCGCAAAAUCUGUCACAAUGAAUGAUCUUGAGUAUGCAAAGGACCGAAUCAUGAUGGGUAGUGAGCGGAAGUCGGCAGUUAUCUCUGAUGAAUGCAGGAAGCUGACAGCAUACCAUGAGGGUGGGCAUGCCCUUGUUGCCAUCCACACAGAAGGAGCUCACCCUGUCCACAAGGCUACCAUCGUACCCAGGGGGGUGGCCCUAGGAAUGGUGGCCCAACUCCCUGACAAAGACCAGACUAGUGUGUCAAGGAAACAGAUGCUAGCGAAACUGGAUGUCUGCAUGGGAGGCCGCGUGGCAGAAGAGCUUAUAUUUGGGGAUACUGAGGUGACCUCCGGUGCGUCGUCAGACUUCCAGCAAGCAACUGCAAUGGCAAGAGCGAUGGUUACCAAGUAUGGCAUGAGCAAGCAUGUUGGCCUUGUCUCUUAUAACUACGAGGACGAUGGAAAGAGCGUGAGCUCAGAAACCAGGCUUGUGAUUGAGCAGGAGGUGAAGAAUUUCCUAGAGAACGCGUAUAAUAAUGCGAAGACCAUCCUUACGAAACACAAUAAAGAGCUACAUGCUCUGGCCAACGCACUUCUUGAGCACGAGACCCUCACAGGAGCCCAGAUAACGAACAUAUUGGCCCAGGUACGUAACAAACAGCAACAAGAACAUACUGUCGAAGCACCACAGAGGGCCCCAGCUUCCCCGGCAUCACCAGCUGCGGCGGCAGCAGCUGCAGCCGCCGCGGCAGCACAGCAGGCGGCAGCCAAAGCUAAGGGAGUGGCUGGUAUGGGAUCUUAGCACAUGGAGCGCCCCACCGGAUGUAUAUUUAACCAAACAAGCAAAGCUGUUCCAGCGAUUGACAGUUGAUGAAGGUCAUCGGAUGUAUUGUAUGCUAAACUGCUGCAGCAAUAGAACACACUGAUUGCGUGGAAGUUACUCUUCCAUGUGCCUCGAGUGCAAAGCAGAGACAAAAAAACUGUACGUGUUGUAGACUUGUAGCUGGUGCUUGAAUCAGUUUUGUACCCACAUCGAAAACAAUUCCUGUUGUUUACACCCCGAAAAAUUGUUAGAUUUCGAUCUGGCUGCCUUGUGUACCCUAACAGAGCGUAAAUUGUAACACAUCCUGAAUAAGGCCCUGUUCCAAUCUCGUGAGAUAAACUUUAGCAGCU